UUGGCUUCAUCACAGGUUUCAUCGCAAAGAUCUGUUGCGACAGAUGAAAUCAGAAAGUGUUACAAUAAACUUGACUUGGAUUAUAAAAGCACAAAACAAGCUUUCAAAGGCAAAAAAACGAGAGAACUAAUUCGAGGUAUGAUUGUCCUUCCUCUCUGUUCUGUAGAGAUGUUACGGAAAAAGGAUGAAAUGAUGAUGGUUGGGUUGAAGAAAAUACUUGGACAACGGUUAUUCAGAACCCUUCUGCGACUAACAUUUUUUGGACAGUUUGUUGGAGGCGAAACAGUAGACGAAGUGAAGAAUACGAUGAUCAAGUUGAAAAAAUGUGGUGUAAAGUCGAUUUUGGACUACUGUGUAGAAGCAGAUAUUUCUCCUGGUGAAGCUGAAAAAAAAGCUGUAGAAGGAAUUGUUGGAGGUGAACCUGUGGAAAGUGUUGUUGACAAAAAAACAGUGGAAGAAACGCGACAACGUUACACAGUCCACAAAGAAUUUGGUGAUCGCCGUAAAGACGUCGUUAGUGCUAGGACGUAUUUUUACGAAAGUGAAGCACAGUGCGAUCGAAACUGUGACGUGUUCUGUGCAAGUGCAGAUGCUAUCGCUUCGGCCGUUGGUAGUGAUGGAAUUAAUUGCAUCAAGUUGACAGCUUUAGGAAGACCUCAGCUACUUUUGAAACUUACAGAAUUGAUAGCACAAUCAAAUAAUUUUUACAAAACGUUGAUUGGUUCGACUUGGGAAGAUUUGUUGCUCAGUAAAAUCAAAAAGGAAGAAUUUUUGCAAAAAGUUAAGACGUGGUUAAAAACAGUGGAUUUUGACGAAUGUGGUUUCGUUGAUUUCUAUGAUUGGGGCAAACUAAUUGAGGAACAUAAACAGCUUCACCAAAUGUUUCAAGUAAUGAAAUACGAUCAAUAUUAUCUUUUGGAAUCAAAUAUCAUGAAAGAGAAUAUGAAAUCAGAUACUACCCUAAUUAUUGAACAUGGAAAAAAACAGAAUGUGCGAAUAAUGAUUGAUGCUGAACAGACUUAUUUUCAACCCGCCAUUUCAAGACUAACGAUGGCAAUGAUGAGAAAAUACAACAAAAAGUUUGUUUUGGUUUUCAACACAUACCAAGCUUAUCUGAAAAAUUGUUUGCGAGACAUUGAAUUGGACUUGCAUUUGGCUCAACGGGAGAACUUCCAUUUCGGAUGUAAAGUUGUUCGUGGAGCAUAUAUGGAACAAGAAAGAAAACGUGCGAAGGCUUUAAAUUAUGAAGAUCCAAUUAAUCCCAAUAUUGACGUAACAGCAGAUAUGUACCGACAAGUGGUGCAACGAAUCCUCCGCGAUCGUCAAGAAAGAGGUCCAGGAAGUGUGUCAGUAAUGAUUGCAACACAUAAUGAAGAAACCAUAAGACAUGUUGUUGAGAUGAUGGUUGAGACUGGCAUAUCACCUUCAGAAAAGACCGUCUGUUUUGCGCAGCUUUACGGAAUGUGUGACCAGGUUUCAUAUUCACUUGGACAAGCUGGUUAUUCAGUGUAUAAAUAUGUGCCUUAUGGACCGAUUGAAAAAGUUUUGCCGUAUCUUUCUCGUAGAGCACAAGAAAAUGGUUCCGUUUUUGGCAAAGUGAAAAAAGAAGUUUCUUUGCUGUUCAGAGAAGUAUUGCGAAGAAUUCUAACUCUUAAUGGAAGAUUUUGA